AUGGAAGAAACAGACAACGCCCACACCCUUGACGCGCUGAAGCAGCUCAUCCGAACGUGCCCCAUCAUCGACAACCACGCCCAUAACCUGCUUCGAGCUCCAGCAAUCAAGACCGGCAACAUCCUCACUUUCACCACCGAGGCUGAAGGCGAUGCUUUAGAAGAUACCCCAACCUCACUACCGCACCUCCGAGCUGUCAGGCAACUACGAAAGCUCUACGAUCUGCCGGCCGACGGAGACUGGGAUGCGAUUGUCAAAAAGAGGCGAGCGCUCCUGGAUCAAGAUCCCAGCGCUUUGAUUACGAAGUGCUUUGAAGGCACGCACACACUAUUGAUCGACGAUGGACUGGCAUUCGGCGACCGUGUGGAGCCAUACAACUGGCACGAUCGAUACGUGCAGUCGCCGUGCAAGCGAAUCGUGCGAAUCGAAGCCACUGCCUCGGACAUUCUUUCCACUCUAUAUCAACAAAACCAGCUGCCGGUCGGGAUCGCAGUCGCAGAUGAAGAAGCAUGCAGUCUAGCAUGGGUCGCUUUCAUCACCGCUUUCGAGCAGGCCAUUGCUGCGGCGAUUGAAGAUCCCGACGUAGCGGGAUUCAAGUCAGUCAUUUGUUACCGCACCGGGUUGGACAUUCAAGUGGGCAAGGAUCUCGAUGUCACGGAGGAUGGACUCCGGAGCUUUCGCAAGCACUUCCUCCCAGAGUGUGUCGCGAGAAAGUUCCGAGUAGAGGCCAAGGGAAUGAACGACGCCCUGGUGAUCAGUGCGUGCAAACUCAUUGCCGCUGGAUAUCGAUCCAACGAUUUUGCCAAACCUUUCCAAUUCCAUACAGGACUCGGGGACGCUGACAUCGAUCUACUGGAUGCCAACCCCGCUUGCUUGCAAGAGCUCAUCAAAAACUUCCCCACCGUGCCCAUCGUUCUACUCCACUCCAGCUAUCCGUACACGCGUGAGGCCGGAUACCUGGCAACGGUCUACAAAAACUGCUACCUCGACAUUGGAGAGGUAUUUCCAAUGGUUUCACGAGACGGCCAGGAGCAGAUUCUUCGACAAGCUCUCGAAUUGACACCCUGGAGCAAGUUACUUUGGAGCACAGACGGCCACUUCUUUCCAGAGACGUUCUGGCUGGCCAAUCUCCAAGGGAGAGAAGCGUUGGAGCGUGUGGUGUGCGAGUACGUCGAGCGAGAGGAUCUCGACGUUCCGCAAGCCACCAAAUUUGUGCAGGACUUCUUUUUCGAGAACUCCAACCGUCUGUACGAGCUGAAACUCAAGCUGGAUGUGCCCAAUGAUGGCGCUCAGGGUGGAGAAGAGACGAUAUCACCACUCCAAAGACAGCUUAUUGAGUCCCCGCCGACUUCCACGUUAGAAUUGCCCAACCAUACCGUCACCAUGGCCCAUAAUCCAUACGACAUUGCCGGUAGCUACGACCCAUUCCUCGCAAGAUUUCCCAGCACUCAAUUCUUCUUUGUGCAAUGGCUGGAUUUCCUUGGGCAAAUGCGCAUGCGCUGUGUACCCACGGCGACGUUUAAAAGACUCCUCGAGACCGGGCAGAGGCUGGGCAUUUCUCAUGGCAAUCUUGGAACACUCCAGAACGAUGGCUCCACCCCCGUCUGCGACCCCGUCGGUGCCAUCUUCGUCGAACCCGAUCUUCAAACUCUGCGACCAAUGCAAACUCUUGGAACUCAACAAAAUUCCGCUACUGUCAUGGCUCGGUUCACCGAUUCGGAGGGAGCGCCGUUGCAGAUGUGCCCACGAUCUACCUUGCAGAACCUCAUCCGAACCUUUCAACGGGAAUACAAUGUCAACUUUCUGGUUGGGUUCGAGAUUGAGGUCACCUUCUGCAAGCGCAAUCCCUCGGCAGAAGGCGACCUCUUUACGCCGCUCGACUCCACCCGAUCCUGGGGCACGUUUACCGACGAGCAGUACGUCACGGCAUUCCCACUCAUGACGAAAAUCAUCCUCGCCUUGCAGAGCAUCGGCAUUGGCGUCGACUAUCUGCACGCCGAAUCCGGGCCUGGUCAGUACGAGUUCGUCUUGCCGCCUUACCCGCCCGUCCUCGCCGUGGACACUUUGAUCCAAGCCCGGCAAUGCAUCAUGCAAGUCGCCGCCACCCACGGUCUCCGCGCGACCUGCUAUCCCACAUCCUUUGCGGGUAUCGGCAAUGCUGCGCACGUGCACAUGAGCUUCAAUUCCACGAAACUACCGCCGGAGGAGCUGGAGAAGCUGGAGAUCCCCUUCAUGGCUUCCGUUUUGGAGCACAUGUCUUCUCUGUGCGCUCUCACCAUGCCACAAGGCGCUAGCUACUCAAGAGUCGUCGAUAAUUCCUGGAGUGGAGGGACUUGGAUCGCCUGGGGCACGCAGAACCGCGAGGUUCCGCUGCGCAAACCCGCCAAGCUGAGGUGGGAGGUCAGGUGCCUGGACGGGUGUGCGAAUAUGUAUUUGGCCAUGUCCUCUAUCCUUGCCAUUGGCCUACAUGGUAUCAGGACGGGGACGAAGCUGUCAAUGAAGGACUGCCCGAAGAACCCGACAGCGCUUUCGUCGGAAGAGUUGCAUGCACUCGGGAUCACGAAGAAACUGCCAAAAUCGAUUGACGAGGCCGUCGAAUCCGCAGACAACGACUCCGAACUGGAGCAAGCUCUUCCCACCGGCAUGCUGAAGCAUUACCUCAUCAUGAAGAAGACGGAACAGGCAAUGUUGAACGAGAUGUCUGAGACGGAUCGAAAAGUGUGGUUGAUGGAGCGCUAUUGA